AAUUUUUUACUUUAAAAAGGCGCGCAAGUGUUCCCCUGCACGAGGUCCCAGCCACCAUCCAGAGGUGGACUUUUAUAAAUAACCAUGGACACUCCCUCCACGUAGAGCUGGGCAGUUAGUACAGUGUCGGAGUCUCAGGUGCCAGAUAAAGAGAAAUUCCUGAAGUUGCGUUAUAGCUCAGUGAACAUACGGAGUUGAACACCCUUUGGAUUAAAAAUACAUUGCUUUAAUAGUUUGACAGCUGCUGAAGGGGUGACGCAGAAUCAGGAUGGACGAAGCAGAGAAGUACCAGCAGAGACUGCAGGCCAUCGCUGAUAUUCUUCUCACUGGGACAACCACAGAAGAAAGGGAGAAGAGGAGGCAGCAGGAGGAAGAGGAGAGAUUACGACGCGAAGUGGAGGAAGAAUGGCUGAAGCUGGCCCAGCGCAAGAGGAAGUCCCUGAGGGACCAGUGGCUAAUGGACGUGCCUAAUGCCCCGGCUACAGAUGGCCCUGAGCCCCCAGCUCCCUUAUGGCCCCCAGCACAGAGAGCAGAGGGGCAGGACAACGAGGGCACUGAGGAAGGCGAGGGGAAUGCUCAGGAGGAGGAGGAAGAGGAGGACGAGACGACAGUCCAAGAUGGCAGACAGACAAACUCAACAGAAAACAAUGUACAUGCCCCAUGUCAGGUUAGCACAGGAGAAAGUACAGAUGAGAAAGAGAGUCAAGGUGAAGUUGAAGAGACAGCGGUUCCCUCCCAUACCUUCCUCCCCAUGCAGAAUGGAGGGGAGGACAGAUCAGUGCUGGGGAUGCUGGAGGUGCGGGUGGAGAGGGACCUGAGAACAGGGGCCAGCGUGGUUAAGACAGUGGCCGCUCUGCCUCCCGGGACCCCCCCUGGUGCGACGGCGAUGGAGACGGUGUUUGACGAUGGCCGCAAGUGCGUCCGAGCCGUGAGCAGUGGCCUGAGUGGAGCCUGUGAGGCUAGCGCCGAGGACCUGGACCAGGUUCUGAACACGCUGGCCGAGGUCGGAGUGCCGGUCCUGUUGGAGGCCCGUGGACUGGUCGCGCCGUCUGUCGAGGGUCUUGGGGGACGAGAGGAAGUCAAGGUGGAGGUGGAGGAGGAGGUGGAGAAGGCGGAGGGCACUGAGGAGGAGACAGAGGUGGAUGGGGAGGUAGAGGAGGAGGAGGGUACUGAGGUGGAGACAGAGGCGGAAGGAGAGGUGGAGGUGGGGGACACUGAGGAGGCCUCAGAGGACCACAGAGACCAGGCUGUGGCCUUGGAAUCCUCCCACAAGAGCCCACUGGAGCUGGUACCAAAGGAGGACUCUGUGAACAUGAGAGAGGAGAGUGUAGGAGAUGCCGAUGGCGUAUGGGAAAAGGGUGAAAGUGGAGAUGAAAAAGUUAUUGACACAGAGGAAGAGGAGGAGGAGGAAGAGGAGGAGGAGGAAGAGGAGGAGGAGGAAGAGGAGGCAUUUAGGCCUGAGGAGGGCUUGGAUCCUAUCACUCUUACUUUUCUGGGCUUCAGUCAGGCAGCAAGUGAGCCGGGUCAGGGGAACGGGGACGAUGGCUCGCUCGUCAGAAUUGAGCGGGUCCUCAUACGUGACUAUAGCGAUGAGGAGGAGGAGGAGGAGGAGGAAGAGGGAAGGGAGGGAGAGGAGUAUGACCAGUACCAUGAGCUGGCUUCUCCUGACAUGGACAUCAGCCACACUUCUACCAGUGUAGUCGUGGGGUCUCCAGAAAGACAGCUUGGAGCAAGAGAAGAGAUGGAUGACCCAGGCCUGGAGUCUCAUUUGGGCACCCAGAAUGACCGGACCCGAGGAGGAGGAGAAGGACAGGGAGAUGGCGACACAGAGGAGGAGAGACACAGGGGCGCAGAAUCAGAGGCCCUAGAGCUGGUCAGGGCGGCCUGGUCAGAGCCUGACCCAGACAUGGGUGCCCUGGAGGCCCCUCUUCACCUCUCAGUGUGCCCCACUGUGGGCGCCAGGACUGAGGGGGCAGAGAUGGAGGGGGAGAUGGGCCGCGGCGAGGGAGCCGUGGAGAAGGAGUCGCUGGACGAUGUGUUCCAGGACGUCACUCUGGAUGACACCCAGACGAGCGCAGCCCAAGACCCAGAGUCACAGCCACCAGUGCGGACCUCAAGUGGGGAGCCCAGCAGAGCAGAGGGAGUGGGCAGCCCGAAACACAAGACCUGCCAGUGCUGCUCCGUCAUGUGAGGUUGUAGCACACACUCUCACUCUCUUUCUUAUAUUCUCUCUCAUUGCCUCUAUCCCACUCUCUCUAUCUUUUCCUCUCUCUUUCUCCCUGUUCCCAUCUCUCUCUCUCUCUCUCUCUCUCUUUGUCCAUCUCUCUCUCUAUACUUGGCGACCACCAUGUCUGAUUUCAUCUGCUCUUCUGUUCAUCUGCUGUUACAGUAAAACAGCACUCCGUCAAUGGACAUAAUGAACUGUAUUAUGUCGCCACCUGCUGUUUUUAAGCCAGAACUGCUAUCAGUAUUGAGGCUUUUUACUGCCAUGCAUCUAUCAGUCAGGAGUACUGUGCGGAUUGUUGUUAAUUUAGUUUGGGAAAUUCAUGAUUUUAGAACAUUGUCUUGAGCUUGAAAUUCUUGAAUUUUAUCAAUAUUUAGACUAAAUGUGCAUUUGAGGGGCCUUAAUCUUAUGAGAUAUAUGAUAAAUAAAUAAAUCAAAGUAAUAUUCCUAGUGUCUUUGCAAAUCAUAGGUCCAAUGUUCUGAAGAAUACAGAUGCCUGUGAUCUUAUAGAUAGAGUGUGGGUAUGUGCAUGAUGUAUGUGGAUGUAAAAUGAUCUGAUAUAUAUUUUAUCAGCACUAAUAGUUGUGUAUGAAAGAAAUUAUUGACAGUAUUCCAUGUUUUCUUAACAUUUCAUCUGUGUCUUUUGUUUUGUUUGUUUGUUUCUUUGUUUGUUUGGUUAAACGUGAUUAAAAUACAUUUUAGCUCACUAUAUGAACAAAAAUGUUUCAUUUCACGUCUAGCAAAAAAGCACCUGCCAACAACUAUAGCCUUCCACCACCAUCAUGUGUGUACACACUCUAAGUGUUAUGGCUAAGUAUCCUUGUGUUGAAAUCACAUUCACAGGAAGAGGAGGCAAAUAA